GGAACUUUCAAAUGUGAAAGUCAAAAGUCAAAAUAGAGAACUUGUUACUUUUAUUAUUUAUGUUAAGAUUUAUACACACAUUUUUUAUUGCAAUUUUCACUUGGCAAAGUAAAAGCUUUACGGGAUGCGUGAGAUCUUUGCGAGUGCAGACGAAAAAUUCGUUAAGGAACAACAUAGUACACACAAGCAGAACCAUCCAAUAAGGAUCUACAAAUUCAGGUCGAGUGAGUUUUUGCGUAUCGAAAAGGGUUUUGAUAAGAACGCAUUGCCGAUAGUCUUCAAAGUUUCGCCCGACAGUCUUCUCAAUUUGUGCAUACAGCUCAUAGAUGCAUUACCCUUGCCGUCAGUGUAUAAGUGGACGACGCUGGAUGUCUGCAAGUGGAUACGCAAAUAUGGUUACCCACAGUAUAUGAACACAUUUCAUAUCAAUCUUAUAACCGGUCAGAAACUAUUGUUGGUCGAUGCACAAGCGCUGAGCGCUAUGAAUAUAAAAAAUUUCGCAGACAUUAAGCAUAUCGCUUACGGUAUACGUGGUCUCUUCUAUUACGAAAUGACAAAGUAUAUACGCAGCAUUUCGCUGCCGCCCGAGUUCUAUUACGAAUUGUAUAAAUUAUUUGAGACGAAAAGUGGACGAAAAUAUCAGGAUGUACGCCGUUCGGACCUCUGGCGUCGCAUGCAAUUGCUACGCGAGAAUAGUCCAAAUUAUUCACACUGGGAUCUGCUCGAACGUUGGCUGGCACGUAAACGCGAACAUACCGAACUCUUUGGUGGCGUCAAGCGUUAUCGUCUCUACAAAUGCAAGCCGAAAGAACCAGCGAAACCAGAUCAAAUUCUACCGCCAAAUCCUUGUUAUUGUAUACCACCAUGUUCGUGCUUUUGGACUGAGGAUCGACAUUUGAAAGCGCCGACGGUAUUCUCGUUACUCGUGCCUGAUCGUAAGGCAGACCCUACUGUUUUGAAAGAACGUUGCAGAAAGUGCACCCCGCCGUGCACAUGUCAUUGGCCUUCACAUUUCUAUAAAUUUGACAUAUUAUUGUCAUGUCUAAGGGAAAAUAUGCCAAACAAAUACGGUGAAAGAGAAGAGACGCGUCGAAGACAAUCAAGAACACUAUUCACUUCAUCGUUUAUAGAUUGAUACGAAGGUCUACGACACUCCCACCUAUAUAUAUUUAUGCGUAUACAUACCUAUAUACCUAUAUGUAAAUGACAAGAUUUUAACAAUGCUAUAAUAUGUGAAAAAUACAUUAAAUGUAAAAAAGUCAGAGAA